CUAAGCGCUCGAGAAACAUGGCAGCGCCUUUGCAAGUUUUUAUCGCGCUGAACUUUAUCACUUUAGUUCUUGGUCAUGGCAGGCUUAUUGACCCAGCUAGCAGGAAUUCGGCCUGGAGAUACGGUUUUGGAACACCGAGGCAAGACACCGAUAACGAACUGAACUGCGGUGGCUUCAGCGUUCAGUGGGACGCCAACAAAGGAAAGUGCGGCGUGUGUGGAGACGCCUACCACUUUAAGCCUGGCAAAGCUCUUUACACUCACCCCGGGAGGUACGCAACGGGAACCAUCACUAAGACGUAUGAAGAGGGGCAGGACAUUACGGUAAUGAUAGACGUAACCUCCAACCAUCAGGGACACUUCACCUUUAGGGUGGGUGACAUUGGCUCUCUUCCUAUAACUCAAGAGAAGCUGAAGUACGUGUUGAGGCAGCCCAAUGGCGACACCAAGUGGAAAAUCAACGCGCGGGAGGACAAAAUUUUUGAGAUCAAGCUUAAACUUCCCGGAGGCCUUACAUGUGAUCACUGCGUGUUGCAGUGGUGGUGGCGCGUGGGAAACAGUUGGGGAUGCGAUGGGCCUAAUGACUGCGGAAUGGGCAAAGGACAACAGGAAACCUUCGUAAACUGCGCCGACAUCAGGAUCACGAAAAAGGACGGAAGUGUGCCGCCACCUCCUCCAACACGGCCUCCCCCUCCCACUGAGAAGCCUCCGGGGCCUACCGAGCCCCUGCCUACCAAUGCUCCUAAUCCGAAGGGCUGCAAAGCCAUAGCCGCCUGGACAGGCAACAAAGCAAUAGAUGAUUGGUGCGUAAGAAACUGCGCCAAAGGUAACUGUCCAGCCCACAUGUGCAAGUGUCCGAAGUGAAAGGAACUGUAAACUGAUCAACAUCAAAUCCCUUGCUGGUGGUAGAUUGGCAGAAAAUGAAAUGUAUGGUUAGGUUAAUAUCUGUAU